AUGUACAUAAUCAUGAAUAUCCGGGAACAAUGUGCACUUUAUCCGAAUUCUUCUGGAAUCACACUUGGCCUUAUUAAUGGUUUUUUCGAUGCAUCAGCUGGAGUCUUCCUUGCCUUUAAAUUUAUCUACGAUGCAGAUCUUCCUAACGUGACGGUCCCACAGAUGUUUUCUUACUACACGAUGGGAGUUGGUCUCAUCUGGGUCAAGCUCUUCUUUUUCUGCCCUCGCUAUGACGUCAAAAAAGAAGAAAACUACACUAUUCUAUCGGAUUCGUUCGUAGGCAGCUUCUUCAAGAGCACAAAGAUCGAAACGGUCGAGACUAAAGUCGAAGAAGUGAAGCCAGUAACGUGGCAAGAGUACAAAAAGUCCGUCUUCAGUCUCAACUUCCUGCUUUUCAAUAUUUUCUCAAUCAUAACCACCUUGAGAAUAUCGUCUAUUCCUAUUUGGAUUCUCCCAUGGCUCAAGUGGACAUUUCAGGAUUUCCCGGAGGACGAAGCCAGCGAAUUGGUCUCUAAAAACAUGGACAUUUACGGAAUCAUGUUCUAUGCGAGUAUUAUCAUUUGUCCGAUUCCUGGGAUGAUUCUGAAAGGCAUAGAAAAAUUUAUUUGCAAAGAAAAACUUAGAGCCGAAUAUUACGGCUUAAUUUGGUUUUCUCUUUUUACUGCCUUGUUUUGCGCCGUUCUGUCCUUUCAAAUGUGCAUUAUUGGUUCAGAGGCUAAUGCUACUUCCUUAGUCAUAGAAUUUUCAUUUUUGAGGACAAUUUAUUUCAUCUCAAGAAGCAUGUAUCUAUUUCAACAGUUUCCAGCGGAGCAUUUUGGCCUUCUUUAUGGCAUCUGUAUUUUCAUGCUGGCUGGCACUCAGUAUGCGAUCGAGCCUCUUUUCAAACUUAUACAGGGAACUGAAGGAGAAAUGGACUUUGUUCUAGUUUCAUUUUCUAUGGGCAUCGCUUGCGCCGCCUGUAUUUACCUACCAAUCUACAAUGUGAUUGUAGCCAAGAGAUUUCUGACGAAGCGCGACUCUUCUCAAAAUCGUAAUGACUCGAUGAUGUCGAAAAAAGACACUUUCGCCGAUGAACUCUAG